AAAGUCUGUCUACUUGGUAUGUCAUGUUCUUACAGUUAAAGACAUCACAGCCAACCCAGCUCACUUCCCCCCCCUAAAUAUUGGGCAUCCCUCAAUGAGGCAUUGCUUGCAGUGACAUCCAGAGGCAAACUCCCAACACAAUCCCUUUCUUGCCUUCUUUGAUACCACAGUUUGGCUAGCCAGGCAAAAAAAGUUGGGUAAAAGGAGAACAAUCUCCAUCUCUUCAAAUUUAUAUCCUCUCUUUUCUCAUUCCAUCAACACAUCGAAACAAAAGACAGCUUCCGAAAUAGGCAGUCAAGUUGCAAGUCUAGCGCAAGUAUUUAACAGUUUACAGCCAACAGAGAAGAUAUUUUCACCAACAGAGAGUCAAAUACUCAAGAUUCCAAAUAAAGCAAAACAAAAACAAAAAAAUGGUCACCUUAGAGGAUAUUCAACCCAGCGUCCAAGCCGACGAGGGGACUCACACGGCCUUCUUUUACGGCACCCUCAUGGUCCCAGACGUCUUCUACACCGUCUGCUACAACCAAUCCAACGUCCCCCCCGAGAUCAAAGCCCUCCACACCUUCACCCCCGCCAUCCUCCCCGGCUACAUCCGCCGCCGCGUUCGAGGCGCCGACUACCCCGGCAUCACCCCGGACAAAGACCACAAAGUCUUUGGCAUGUACGCCUCCGGCCUCACAAACGCCAACAUGAACAAGCUGGACAUUUUUGAGGGGGGGCAGUACGUGAGGAAAACGGUCGAGGUGAAGUUGCUGGAGAAGGUGGGGGAUGUGAGGGGGGAGGGGAACGUGGAAGGAGAGACGAAAAAGGCAGAGGUGUAUGUUUUCCAUCCGGAUCACGAGGAUGAGCUGGAGGAUAGGGAGUGGGAUUUGGAGGAGUUUAGACGGGAGAAGAUGCAGAGGUGGACGAGGGCGGGGUAUGUUUUUGAUGGGUGUGAUCCCAAUGAUCCGGCAAAGGUGGAGGCUGCUGUGUAA